AGAGAGAGAAAGACUGAGACUGGCAACGCGAUAGCUAAGUUUUGGUCUUCCAAACGUACAAAACGCUUAAACGGCGGUUUUUCGAACUAAUGACCUGUGCGAAUAAUUGCUUUUGAGUUUGUUGCACUCUUCGUUUUAAAACAAUUUUUUAUGACGGAUAAUUAAUCUAACUAUAAAUGGAAUUUCUUUUAAACACAUGGCUAUAUCUAAUAUAACGUAAUGUGCUUAUUUAAUCAAUGCAAAUAAGGCGACAUUUAAUAAAAGCAACAUUUCGAAAUCGCAUAAUUAUUAAAAUUAAUUUAUUUGAAACGAACGGAAGUCCAACUGACACCUUAGCUGAUGAUUGUGCAAACAUAACGCAUUCGUCGAAUCCAGUGUUUAUCAACCAUCAGGCGGAGUCAUGCGUAAAAUGAAACUCUCUUUCGAUAAAAAUGAGUGAAUCCCCAAAGAAUUUCAUUCACUCAAUAAUAUCACGUAUAUAUUGUCCUAUUUACUGUGCGAAAUAUUACUAUGAUUGAUAUUGUAAAAUUUUAAACGUUAUACAUACAUACGUAUAUUAUAUUUACAAUUUGCAUUAUUAUAAUUUUGUUCUUCUUCUUCUUUCCUACAUAAUUCGUGGACAAGCAUCGAAUAUAAGCUUCUCAAUUUAGUAUCAUGUUAUGAUUCGUACUAUUAACAACAUAUUUAUAAUAUCGGAGUGUAGAAUUGGUUUCUCUGCCAUUGUUUAAACAACUAUACAUAACUGAUAAUGUCCCAAAAGAGUAAAGUAAUAAACCUUUAUAAAACGCUGCUGUUUAUGGGAAAAGAUUAUCCAAAAGGAUUUGAGUUUUUUCGGAGCACAUUAAAAAAAGUGUUCGAAAAAAACAAAAAUGAGACAGACCCAGAAAAAAUCGAAAAAAUGAUUGCUCAUGGAAAUUAUGUUAUUAAGGAACUCGAGGCGUUAUAUAUGUUGAAAAAGUAUAGAACGUUGAAAAGAAGAUAUUAUGACUAAAAGAAUACCUAUAAUACUUCUGUGAUAAACAAACAAAUCGUUUUAUGUAUAUCUCAUAUAUAAGUAAAUAUUUUGCUAUCUAUUACUCAUUACAAUGCAUAUUACCUAUAUAUAGUAGUUGAAGAAGAAUUUGUAAAUAAAUAUUGAAGCUGUAUUUUAUAUAUUUUGUUAGAAUUUUUAUGUCAAUAAAAUUAUGUAUUUUUACCUCA